CGCCGUCAGUCUGUCUCUCUGCCGAACUCUUCACAUAAAUGACAAGAUCCACUGUGGAAGAAAAUUACAACCACUCGCCACCAGCACAUUCUGAUUUGCGCGCUCCAUGUAAUCAGAGCACCAAGACCCGGUGGAUUGGAUCGUCGUCUCCUGGUCCCCAUGGUAAUCCCAUCUCUUUCCUUUCCGCGAUACAUAAUUCAAUCCCGACUGAUACUUUGGCUACAGCUAGUGACCAUGAUAAUCCCCGUCGUCAACCCUGUCCGGGUGAAUCCUCCCAUCUGAGCAAUCGAACACCCAACUUGAUCCAUCACUUCUACCCCUCCUCGAUCAACCCAGCCCCCCUCCCUCGUGACAAACCUGAUUGCCACACGCUUACUCUCCAUCAAAAAGUCAUGGGACGUCAAAUCCUUCUCUCCACUGCCCUGAAACUGGGGAUUCCAUCCCGGGAACCCGCCUGCAUAACUCGCACGUUUCAUGAAUCCCUCAACGGCCAUUGCGUGGGUUCUGCAGGAUGAUUUAGAUUCAACGGACUGAUCCGUGCUCUCUCGCCUUCAUCUAACAUCUAAUCUAUUACGGAGUUUUUUUCUGAUCCACCACAUCCUGCCUGGGUUUGGUCUGUUCCUUAACCCGCGUCUGUGCUUG